AUGAACUCUGUGAGAAUCACAAGCUAUCUUUUGAUGCUUAAAGGCAGGAUUCAAGGAAAGUUUUUAGGAAAGAAAGGUCUUUGCCAAGGUGAUCCAAUAUCACCUCUCCUGUUUGUUCUGGUUAUGGAGUAUCUCACCAGAAGACUUCACCAUGGGGCAUUGGACAACAAGUUUAGCUAUCACUUGAUGUGUAGAAGCCUUAAGAUAAUCUCUCUUUAUUUUGCAGAUGAUCUUAUUAUCUUUUGUAAAGGAGAUGCUCAGUCUACCCAAGUUAUCAAAUCUAUUUUUGAUUAUUUUAGUGCUUUUUCAGGUCUGAAAGCAAAUCUUGAAAAAUCACUAUGUUCUUUUAGAGGUGUUUUGGGAGAGGAAAAAAAUGUGUUGCUUCAAACUCUAUGUUUGGAAGAAGGAUCUUUUCCCCUUAAGUAUCUUAGGGUUCCCAUGAGGCCUACAAAAUGGAGGAAAGAAGAUUGUGGCCUUAUCAUAAAGAAAAUCAAGAUUAUACUUCAUACUUGGGCUAGUAAACAUCUUUUGUUUGCAGGGAGAGUUCAGCUUAUUCACUCUGUUCUUCUUGGUCUCCGAAACUCUUGGAUGAGUAUCUUCAUCCUGCCUCAGAGUGUUAUUAAAGAAGUUGAAAGGCUUUGUCGAGGUUUUCUUUGGGGAGUUGAAGGCAAUAGAUGCAAAAUUCAUAUCCUUUCAUGGGAAAAAGUUUGCCUUCCAAAAAAAUAUGGUGGUCUUGGUUUUCUUGAUGGUCCUACAUGA